CGGCCAGCAGAAGCCAGGAUGGCAGCCUCGGUGGGGCCGGGGACCCGCACGAAGACCAAGAAGAAGCACUUCGUGCCUCAGCGCGUGAAGGUGCUGCGGUCGGCCAACCCUCUGCUGGGCGUCUUGGGUUGGGGGAUCAACCACCAGAUCAACGAACUGAGCCAGGUUCCCCAGCCGGUAAUGCUGCUCCCUGACGACUUCAAAGCCAAUUCCAAGAUUAAGGUGAACAACCAUCUUUUCAACAGAGAAAAUCUGCCCGGCCACUUCAAAUUCAAGGAGUACUGCCCACAGGUCUUCCGCAAUCUCCGCGAACGCUUCAACAUCGAUGACCAGGAUUAUCAGGUCUCGCUGACGCGCAGUCCUCCCACCUAUGAGACUGAUGGUGGGGGGCGCUUCCUCCUGUCCUACGACAGGACCUUGGUCAUAAAGGAGAUCUCCAGUGAAGAUGUGGCUGAUAUGCAUAGUCUUCUGUCCCAUUACCACCAGUACAUCGUGAAGUGUCACGGGAGCACCCUCUUGCCCCAGUUCCUCGGUAUGUACCGGCUCAGCGUUGACAACGAGGAGAGCUACAUGCUGGUCAUGAGGAACAUGUUCAGCCACAGGCUCACUGUGCACAGGAAGUACGAUCUGAAGGGCUCCCUGGUAUCCCGCGAAGCCAGUGAUAAAGAGAAGGGCAAGGAACUGCCGACCCUGAAAGACAUUGACUUUUUAAACGUGAACCAGAAAGUGUACAUCAGUGAAGAGGCCAAGAAAGACUUCAUGGAGAAGUUAAAGCGAGAUGUGGAGUUCCUAGUGCAACUCAAGAUUAUGGACUACAGCUUGCUACUGGGGAUCCAUGAUGUGCAGCGAGCUGAGCAGGAAGAAGAGGAGGACGUGAAAGAGGAAGAGGAGGAUGGAGAGGGUGAGCCUGGGGCUGCAGCCUUGGUAGGCUCCUAUGGAACUUCUCCGGAGGGCAUCGGCAGCUAUCUCAACUCCCACAGGCCCCUGGGGCCUGGCGACUUCGAGCCUUUCAUUGACGUUUAUGCCACCAAGAGUGCUGAAAAUAGCCCUCAGAAGGAGGUUUAUUUCAUGGGACUCAUUGACAUCCUCACACAGUAUGAUGCCAAAAAGAAGGCUGCCCAUGCAGCUAAAACAGUCAAGCACGGGGCUGGUGCAGAGAUCUCCACGGUGCAUCCCGAACAAUAUGCCAAGCGCUUUCUGGACUUUGUCACUAAUAUAUUUGCUUAGCAGUUGUGCAGUACGUGUUGUCGGCCAAAGCUUAAGAUCAAAGGCUUUCCUGCCCACCCACUCCUUGUAGUUCCCCCUUACCCCGCCUCCAAUUCUCUGUCAGAGGGCUGGUUUCCCCCUUUGCUGUUUGGGUUAGCAGGAGAGUCGGGUUCACGUCAGCCAAGAGCCCCGUCGUGGCUUGUCUGGGGGAUGGCUGCUGAAUCAAGUGCCUUAACUUUGACCUUCGGUCAGGAUGAACAACAGUCCAGAGUAUCAAAGCAGCGGCUUAAUAGCUGCUUUUGGAGGCAAUGGGAGGUUGGGGGGGGGGGGGGAAGCUGGCUUGGCGUAUUCAUCCCAGCAUUGCCCUCCUCUGUCCCUUAAACUGUACCAGCAGUACACCAGUGGGCGACUGGUUGGAGGGUUAAAUUGUAUUUUUUUUUAUCCCGAGAGAGAAUAAUAUGCAAUAAGAAUUUAGCCUUGUGCCUUGGAAGAAGGGGGUUGAGUGGCAUCUUCCCCACUGACACAGUCAAUUUCCUCUGAGGGUGACUGAUUGUGUAUAUAUUAAUCUACCCUGUGCUAUACAGUGGUAUUGCCUAUUGGUUUCCAAGCCCCUUCCCCGUGCUGAUUCUUUACCUCUUUCCCCCAGCCCCUGCUGGAAGAUUGCACUGUGCGCCAGCGAUUUUGGCCCUUUCUGGCACUCUUGUCAAUAGUAAGAGACCUACCCAGCUAAGGGAACAUCCGAAGAGCCUAGUAAUGCACUCCAGUCCCUGUGGGGCUCUUUCUGUCUAGCCUUGCAGCCUCUUCAAAACCUUAUUACCUAAGUUCUGCUCCCUAUGAUAGAGCCCCUUCCAGGGCCCAGGUGAUGUUUUUCCUCAGUCCCUCCUCAGAUGGAGCAUGGGCACCAAUUCUGUGGUUGGGAUCUCCCUUGGGGAUUAGGGAUCGCCCCGCCCAGGUGGCACCUUCCCCAGAGUCUCUGAUGCACUUGAGGGACUUGCUGAGCCUCCCAUGGCAGAGGGAGAGAAACUGGAAUAUUCUCACCCUGGUGUAAUGCUCCCAACUUCCGUCACUCCAGCGGGCACCUCGCUGGGUCGAGUAGCUUUACUCCAUAGCAAGGCAGUGUCUUUCCAUGAUGCAGCCCUCGCCUCACCAAAGGACAGUUCCUCCAAUGCCAAAGCCUCUGGGAAAUGCUGAGCUGGAAAGACCUGCCCUCAGGUUUAGGUGGGAAUUAGACCAGGGAUGGCCAUUUUAGCUUAGCUUUGGGGAACAGGGAGAUGUGGGAAUGCCAUGCCCAAGACUGGGAUGUUUUCAGAAGGUGUGUUUUUGUGUAAAGGAUUUUAGAUCCAGGGUGGGCCACUUGUAGCCCUCCAGAUGUUUGGGCCUAUAGCUCCCGUCAGCCCUAGCCAGCAUAGUCAAUGGUGAGGGCUGAUGAGUGUUGUAGGCCACAAUAUGUGGAGGGCCGCAAGUGGCCCACCCCUAUACUAGAUCAUUCCUGUUUCUUUCAUAUGCGAUACAUCAAAGUAACAAGCCAUUCUGUGGUAAGAAAAGUCAGUCUGUCUGUCAACUGCUGUUUGCAGGAGCUUUCUGUGGGGGAAGUCGAUAUAAGCUCAGGAGCUGUGAGGUGUCAUAAAGAGAACCUCUCUCUGCAACAGUAGCCACGAAUUCAGCAGAGCAGGACUACUCAGAGACAUACACACACCCCACUCCAUGACAAACACAUAUGAGCAUCUUGAGGGGGACCGGCAAAAGGAACUGGAUGGAUGAAGUAAUCACAAGCCAGUCACACUUAACGGCCUGGCACACUGACUUCGCAUUCCGGGGUAACUACUCUCUUAAUAAGAGGAGAGGCUCUUGGCAGUUUCUGACAGUGGCUCUGUUCUGCAAAAGCCCCCCAUUUUGUUUUUGGCCUGAAACGCAGGGUUCGUAGCAUCAUGCUCUUCUCUCAGUCUUCUCCCCACUGCUCCACUAGUGGUGGUGUUAGGACUGAUGCCAUUCCUCCUCUUGAUGCAAUAAAGCCUGUGCCAUGGACCUGUGCUUGUGCCCAGGGGUUGCACUCCUUCCAGCCCCUUUCGGUGUUUCUUAAUUGUAUAAGACGUUGUGUAUUUCCAGUUUACUCUUGUAUCGAUAGAAAUAAAUUAUUGAACCAGAA